GAGUUUUUUUCUUUAAAAAAAUAAAUUUAAAAAAAAUUUAAAAAAAAAAAAACAGAUCUCAUUUCCUCUGGAGAAUCUGAAAUUGGAGGCGUUCUCUCAUAAUCUGGACAUUGUGAUUUCCUAAUCUGGGAAAGAAAAGAUGUCGAGAUUAAAUAUUUUUAUGAUCGUAAUGGUAGGACUAAUGUCAAGGAUGGGAGAAUCGAUGAGGUUUGAUAUGAAAUCAGGCGCCACAAAAUGCAUAUCAGAGGAUAUAAAGAUCAACGCUAUGACUGUCGGCAAGUACAGCAUCGUCAAUACGAAUGAGGGUUACCCUUUGCCUGAUUCCCACAAGCUCACUGUUAGGGUGAAUUCACCUCAUGGGAACAAUUAUCACUACGGGGAUCUUGUGCAAUCUGGGAAUUUUGCAUUUACUGCUGCUGAGGAUGGGGAUUAUACCGCUUGCUUUUGGGUACCUGACCACCAGCCAGCAGAAACAUUAACUGUUGAGUUUGAGUGGAAAAGUGGUGUUGCUGCUAAGGAUUGGUCUAAGGUUGCUAAGAAAGGUCAGGUUGAAUUGAUGGAACUCGAGUUAAAGAAGCUGUAUGACAUGGUCACGUCCAUUCAUGAGGAGAUGUUUUAUCUUCGAGAGAGGGAGGCGGAAAUGCAAUUACUCAAUCGAUCUACCAAUUCAAAAAUGGGCAGUUUUAGUUUAUUCUCAAUCUUGAUUUGCUUAUCCGUUGCCAGUUUGCAAUUAUGGCAUCUGAAGACAUUCUUCGAGAGGAAAAAGCUCCUGUAAAAUUGCUCUUAUUCUCACUAAUCUACUUUUCGACUCCAACUUUUGUUGUUUAUUAGUAAAUGCCUACCAAUUGUAUGUAUCUCCAUUUUAAAUUUUUUUCAUUUUGUAGAGGCUGUUGCCUUCUCUUUCCUAUCUACUUGCAGCCAAGUUGAAGAAUCUUCACUCCUACUCCUAUAUCGUUUUUGCUGCCUAUGGGAGAACCGGUUCUUUUUAACUUUUCAUCCAGGGAUAACGAGUUAAAAGUUCAAAGUGAUUUAGAAAGAGAGUUAUAUUGACCAUGAUAUAGUUUACUUUUAAACAUGUAACAAUUUGAACAUUUUACAUUUAAUUGAGACAAUUAUUACCUUUUUA